AGGGGCGUGUCCCGCCCCGGGCAGAGAGGCCACUGCAGCUCUCCCGACAGGAGGGGGCGAGCGGAGGUGGGCCUGCAGCACCUUUUCAAUUUGGCAAUGUCUUCCCCUGAAAUCGCUUCCCUUUCAUGGGGUCAGAUGAUGGUGAAAGGUUGUUCUACAACUUAUAAGGACUGCAAAGUGUGGCCAGGAGGGAGCCGAACCUGGGAUUGGAGAGAAACCGGGACAAAUUUGUCUUCCAGAAGAAUUGUUCAAAGAUCAGCUACAGCGCUGCCUGUUUUGUACGGAAAGAAAAACAUGCAUUCUCCAGGUGUGCAGCCAGCUGAUCUUGAAGAAGUUGUCAAGAAGGGAGUUAAAACCUUAGUGAUCGGUCGUGGCAUGAGCGAGGCCUUGCAGGUACCAGCAUCUACUGUGGACUAUCUCAAGAAAAAUGGGAUUGAUGUGCUAGUCCUGCAAACAGAGAAGGCUGUGAAGGAGUACAAUACACUGGUUGCUCAAGGUGUCAAAGUGGGAGGCAUCUUCCAUUCAACAUGCUAAUGAAUUAAACAAUACAGCCCUCUUUCCCUCUUAGCCAAAAAGUCUUGUGCCUUUUGACUGAAUAAAUGAUAAUAGUCAGUAUUGGGGCUUUAUAGUUCAUAUUUCCCACUGUACCAAAGCUUGGAUGAAGACCUAAAACAGAGAGGAGAAAUACAGCAGUAUGGAAUUUAAAUGAAUCUAAUUGCUCACAAAUGUUCUUCCACAGUGCUGGAUAUGGUAGACUAUUUAAUCAUGAUUCCCUACACUUGUGAUUUUGACCUAAUCCUCUAGAUCUGAAGGCGUAAUUCAUCUUCUGACCAUUAAUGUUUGGCCUAGCUGCUGAAGUAAAAUAUUCACUUUUAAAACCUGUUAGGAAAUGAUCUGAGACUUCACUUCUUUUCAGAUUUGCAAUAGCUAUUGGAUGAUCACAUUUGGCCACUACCAUCAUGUGUAUGAAAUGGUGAUAAUCUCUGCCUCCCAUUGCUAAUCCCUUGAGCUGUCCAAACUCUUAGCAGUGCAUGCAGAGUGAAAUGAUGGUGUAUUUGCUUCUUUGGGAUGAAUACUCUUUUCAUAACUUAUGAUUUGUAAACUUUACAUUACAUGAAAACAAGUCACUGGAGUUAAAGAAAAGAUAGCCUUAGUAGUGAGAAAGUGAGCCCUCUAUAGCAAUAUGUAGUAGUGUAUACCUCAAUAAGGGGGGGGGGGAACCUGAACAUAUGGCAUAAGCAGUGGGAUUAUUUCAAACCCUGGCUUUAUAGUUAAUGAAAGUGAAAGCUAGUGUGCAGCAUAUUAGACUGGCCGAUCCUUGCUAACGAGCUGGGGAAUGGCGGUUGGAAUUUUUAGAUUAGGUGCUGACGAUCAGCUGGACAUUAAACACACAUGUAGAUUUUUAAUAAAAGCUGCAGAUUUUAAACCU